CGCGGCUCUCCCCCAGCGGCUGCAAGGAAACAAUGGUCUGGAGCCCUCCGCCGCCGCCGCCGCUACGACCAAUGUAUAGAUAAUGUGCGAGCCUCCCUGCCGGGCUCGAGGCGGCUAUUUUUAGCAACGCCCGCAAGAUCCCCCCACCCGGCGCGCUCUUCCCUCCCCUCGCCCAAGCCGGGAGUGGAAGCGCCGCCGUGCAGGGCAAAGGGAGCCGACGAGGCACCGGCUGCUGCUGCUGCUGCGACUCCGCUCCCCGCCCCCUUCCGCGGAGCGACCCGGGCGGCCGGCGCCGCAGGAGCCCUUCCUUCCACACGCUGCGCCAGGCGCCCAGGGUCUGUGCUGCCUUUGACAUGCACUGCCUGACUGAGGAGCCCUGGUUUUAGUUACCUGAAGGAGUACCUGCCUGCAGAUCAACAGCAAGGUAGCACCUGACCCAAAGAGUCCCACUAGCAACACUGAAUGAGAAUUCCACCGUUGCCUAGAGCUCACUAAUUCAGUUGGCAAUAUGGAUUUCGUGAUGAAGCAGGCCCUAGGGGGGGCCACCAAGGACAUGGGUAAAAUGCUAGGAGGCGAAGAGGAGAAAGACCCCGAUGCCCAGAAGAAGGAAGAAGAGCGGCAAGAAGCCCUGCGGCAGCAAGAGGAAGAGCGCAAGGCAAAGCAUGCCCGCAUGGAGGCGGAACGGGAAAAGGUCCGACAGCAAAUCCGUGAUAAGUACGGCUUGAAGAAGAAGGAGGAGAAAGAGGCGGAGGAGAAGGCAGCGCUGGAGCAGCCAUGCGAGGGCAGCCUGACGCGCCCCAAGAAAGCCAUCCCUGCAGGCUGCGGGGACGACGAGGACGAGGACGAGGAGAGCAUCCUCGACACGGUGCUCAAGUACCUGCCGGGCCCACUGCAGGACAUGUUCAAGAAGUAGCCCAGCCCCACCAGCCCCCUGCCCUGCACUGCCCACCGUCCCUGGCACUGCCAACUCAGAGCUUGGGUUGAGGAAGGGCGGUCCCAGUGGGGCGGG